CUCAUCCAGGCUCAUUCUCAUUCUCAAAUCUUCAGUAACCAAUUCCUCAAACUAGACUAAACUAGACUAGACUAUCUUCUCAUCUUGCAUUUUCAUCAAACCUAUCAAUCAAAACCAUCCCUCUUCUUUGUAUCUUAUAAAUCUCAUCAAUCAGUGAAACGUGCAUUAGCGAAUAACGAAAACUUCAUAACAAAGACAAAAGCAAAACAAAACAAAACACAAGCAAGCAUGUCAUCACAGAAUAAUUCAUCAAAUUCAUCAGUUUCAUCUUCUCCUAGUUCGUCAACUUCUUCAAGAAAGAAAUUACUUCGUUUGUUUCAUCUAAGAGAUCCCGCAGUUCAAGCUCAAAAGAAACAAUUCUCUUGGGGUUCUCAUCUUGGUUCUGGUACUUAUGGUGAAGUUUCAAAAUGUGUUUGGAAAACUCAUCAACCAAAAAUGGAUGUAGCCAUCAAAGUCGUACCUAAAUCAAAAGUACCUAAUCAAGAACAACAAGAAAAACUAUUGAAUCAUACAUUAGAAUUACAACAUCCUCAUAUCGUUUCAUUACAUCAUUGGUUUCAUUCACGUCAUCAUUAUUACAUGGUCUUUGAGCUUGCACAAGGAGGCGAAUUAUUUGAUCAUAUCAUUGCUCAUGGUCGUUUCAAUGAAGCCGAUACUCGAAAGAUGAUCACCGACCUAACCUCUGCAGUCGUUCAUAUCCAUUCACAAAACAUUGUACACCGAGAUCUGAAACCCGAAAACCUAUUCGUUCGAGGCUCCGGUCCAAUCUUCUCGGCUCCUUUUGACCUCCUCUUAGCCGACUUUGGUGUGGCAGUGAUCUUACCUACACCUAACUCUAUGAUCAAUGGAGUCUGUGGUUCACCAGGUUACACAGCUCCAGAAGUUUAUCAACGAAAACCGUAUGGGAAAGCCGUUGAUAUCUGGUCAUUAGGAGUGAUUACGUUUAUUUUGUUGUGUGGUCGAUUUCCAUUUGCUAAAUUAUCAGGUCCAGAAUUCUUAGAAGAACUUUCAGAACAAAUGAGAAAAAGUAAAAAUGGUUCGAUUAGGUUACCUAAAGCAUUCGGAUUGAGUAAAGAAGCUGAAGAGUUUAUUGGUGGUUGUUUACAACUUGAUCCUGAAAGACGUUUAACAGCUGAAGAAGCUUUGAAUCAUAAGUGGCUUGUUGGUAAAGAUCCAAUUACUCAAACACCUAAAUCUUCAAUCAAUCCAUCCUUAUCAACAGAAGAAUCAGAUCUAGAAGUGAUUGAAUUUCCAACUCAUCAAUCUACUUUACAAGAAAGCAAUUUAGCCGAAGUUAGAUUUUGUAGAACUCGAACGAUUUCAGAAGGACCUAGAGCAGCUAUGUAAUCCAAGUAUAAACUUAUAUGAAUCUUUUUCUAAACAGGUUUUUCGUUUUUUUUGGUUUUGGUUAUUCCUUAACUAAAAUCAAAUUGUUUGUUGUAUCACCUUUGCUUUGUUUUGUUUUGUUUGUUGUUGUUCUCUUCUCUUAUACGAGCUUUUGAUCUAUUCUUUUUCUCUUUCGCCCUCAUUAGUAAUUCAAUUUGCUUUUUUUUUGUCGUCUUUCUCCUCGUUAUUUUUUUCAUUUUUUCAUUUCUUUUUCUUUUGUGUAAAAAUAGAUUCUUGUAUGUAGGUUUGCAUAUACUCAUUCACACUUCUUUAAAGAAAAACAAAAGCAUUAGGUUCCUACAUAUAAGUUUUUUUUUAUCCUUUUUUGUCUCUUUUUGUCUAUUUCUAUUGACGAAAAAAAUUGUUUGAUUUAGUUAUUCAUGAAGAGACGUAUGCAAAGAAAGAAAAGGUUGAAUUCAUUUUUU